CAAAGAACUCCUCCUCCUCCGGCCCCCGCUCUUCUUCUUCCCCCACCUCGGAUUAUGCUCCGAAACCUCGGAGCUUCAACUCCUCUCUCUCUCUCUCUCUCUCUCUCUCUGUGGACCCCACAACUCUCACUUUUCGGCUUCGCCAGUUCCAAUCCCCAAACCCGUAUUAAAAAUUUAGAAACGUAAGUACAAAUCGCCGACGUUAGGUUCGAGCGUGCAAUUACUGAUUUCUGGGGAGUUGUAGUGGUUUGGAACUUCGAGAUUGGAGUUCUCAGGUUCACAUGAUUUCUUCUGGGGAACGUGCACCAGAAGCAGUUGUUUCUGAUGAAUUGCAGCAGAGACAGAGUUCUGGUGGUGGAGUUCCAUCACAGCCGAUACCUGAUGGUAGAUUCCAUUCUUCCAAACAGAGAUGUGAUGAUGAAAUUCAUGCAAGACAAACAGAGCAAGAAGCAACCACUCCCUCUUUGAUUCCUGAGAAAGCUUCAAUGCAAUCAGAUCAUGAAGGAAGUAAUUCCUCUAUCAUUUCUGAGAAAGCGUUGCAGGCCCCUGACACUAGUAUUCUUGUCUCACAAUCUGGUCAGGAAGGAACCACACCUUCUACAAUACGUGAGAAAGUGACAGAAGAUGGAUAUAAUUGGCGAAAAUAUGGACAGAAGCUUGUUAAAGGGAAUGAAUUUAUACGGAGUUAUUACAAAUGUACAAAUCCAACCUGCCAGGUGAAAAAGCAACUGGAACGGUCACAUGAUGGGCACAUUAGAGAUACUACAUACUUUGGUCGGCACGAUCAUCCUAGACCUCAACUUAGUGUCCCUGUAGCUGUUGGUUUUGCUGUGUCCGUAUCAGAUGAAAGACCAAGUGAGCCCUCUUUAAUUGGUGCAAGAGACCAACCAUUUGUUGAGCAUAGCCAGACAUCUCAUCAUAUGGAACCAGUAGAUGCCCCUCCCCCUUCACAACCAAAUAGGAUGAGAGAUGGGGUUGAUAAUGAUGAUCAUGAUCAUGAUACAGGCUCAAAAAGACAGAAAAAAGAAAAGUGUUAUGUCAAUGCUGUUCCAGUUGAUAAGCCAGCUAGCGAACCACGUCUUGUUGUUCAGACGUUGAGUGAGGUUGAUUUUGUAAAUGAUGGGUACCGCUGGCGCAAAUAUGGGCAGAAAUUUGUGAAAGGCAAUCCCAACCCAAGGAGUUACUAUAGAUGCUCAAGUCCUGGAUGCCCGGUUAAGAAACACGUUGAGAGGGCGUCUCAUGAUCCAAAAGUGGUUAUAGCCACAUAUGAGGGACAACAUGACCAUGAUAUGCCUCCUACGAGGACCGUUACCCACAACACAGUUGGGCCAAAUGUUUUUUCAGUAGCUGAUAAUUUUGAGGCAGGCACAAAGUCAGAGGAAAACAAUGCUGUCUGCCUUGAUAUGGUCAUUCAUACCAGUUCAGGUCCCAACUUUAAAUCGAAUGAGAUACUUAAUGGCGAGUCGAGGACUGAACCAGUAGUAAGUAGCCUUGUUGCUGUGGCUGGUGAAGGUAAAUCAAAUGACCAAUUGAAUAAGAAGCAGAUUGUUGAAUCAAGUACCAAAUCAGAAGAAAGUGACGCAAUCUGCCAUGAUAUGGUCGCUCAUGAUACUCCGGGGCUUGAGGCUAAUAUAAACAAGCAACAAACACCUACCGGAGAACCUGUCCAAAGCUGACUAAUAAAGCUCUUGUUGCAGAAAAACCGUUGCCCCUGUAAUGGUAUCUCUUGACAUGGCACGGCAUGUGGCUGGUACUAGUAGCGGGUUUUCCUCCUUAUUUACCCCUUUUCUUUUUCUUGGGGUUUUGCGGGGGGUGAGCAUGUAGAUGAUUUAUCUGGGUCAAAAAAUAACACGUGGAUUUCUCCAAGUACUGAAUAUAUGAAUAUGAUUGCUCCUUUUACUGA